CAGCAGUGUUGCCGCAGAUAAAGGAUGUGCCUCACCCCAACAACAUUCCUCUCUUCAUCCACCAUCGGUACAGGCUAAGUCCUCGCUGAACGUCCUGCCAGCGCUUGACGUCAAUAAGAAACAUGGCCUCGUUCAAGGUGGAUGUCACCAUAAACCUCCCUAACGUGCGCACUACGACCGUCACGCAGACGAUAACUGCGACUGCAACGGCAACAUCCACCGAUACCGAUACACAUCCUACGACCGAGAAGACAUCUGAUUAUGUGAAGAAGGUUAUGCCUACGGUUAAGAAGCCUACUGAAGUCAAGGCCGCUGCUAACACUGCGUCCCCGAAGGAAAUGGCGAUGUCGAGGCCCACUGCGGCCAAAGCCGCUGCUAAAACUCCGGCCGCGAAGGAAAUGGCGAUGUCGAGGCUUUAAAGGACUAUUCUGCAUGAAUGAUCCUACGCGCAGUCUGCGAGCAGUGCAGAAGCUGAAUCGGAGCGUCAGAGUCAUGGAUUUGAUGUCAAAAUAUUGAAAAGGGAGGCAAUCUGAAGUAUAGGCACAUAUGCCACAUUGUCAAGGCAUAGACUUUGUUGGGCAGGGUAGCAGGGUACGAACCAUCACUUAUUGUAAUUGUCUUUUUGGUUUAGAACCCGUCGACGCAUUUGCUUGUCAUUCCGGGUACUGAGAACUCAGCCUAGAGGGCAUCAUGGUGCCUCAGAACAGAC